CGCCUUACAUCAACUAUACAUAUCAGAGAGCCCCCUUACAUCAACUACACACCAUUCAGAGAGCCCCCUUACAUCAACUACACCAUUCAGAGAGCCCCCUUACAUCAACUACACUAUUCAGAGAGACCCCUUACAUCAACUGCACCUAUCAGAGAGCCCCCUUACAUCAACUACACUAUCAGAGAGACCCCUUACAUCAACUGCACCUAUCAGAGAGCCCCCUUACAUCAACUACAACCUAUCAGAGAGCCCCCUUACAUCAACUACACCUAUCAGAGAGCCCCCUUACAUCAACUACACCAUUCAGAGAGCCCCCUUACAUCAACGACACCUAUCAGAGAGCCCCCCUUACAUCAACGACACCUAUCAGAGAGCCCCCCUUACAUCAAACUACACCUAUCAGAGAGCCCUUUACAACAACUACACCAUUCAGAGAGUCCCCCUUACAUCAAC